AGUCGAAAAGCUUCUGCCCUGCACCAAUAUGGCCGCUCCCCAGAGGCCAAUCAGCGUCUCGACGGGUUUUAGGCCAGGGUCGGGAUAAGGAGCCCUCAGGCCGUCCCCGCUCCCUUCACUGGAAAAGAAAGGCGGAGCUCUGAGCUAAGGGGGCUGGGUCGUGGGGGUGGCGGUGCGUCACUUCCGUUGUCAGGUGGCGGCGCCGCAGCCAUGGAGGGAGGCGGCGGCUCGGGCGGCGGCGGCAGCGGCUGCGGCGGCGGCUCGGGCGGCUGCGCUGGGCGGCGGCGGUAGAGCGGCUCUCCCGCCCCCGGCCCCCCAGCCUCCCGCCCACCGGGACGGAGCGCCGAGCAGCCCCCCGGCUCCGGGACGCGGACUAUGGGCGAGGAGCGCUGAGCGCCGGGGGAAGAGCUGAGGAUGAAGCGGAGAGCGUCAGACAGAGGAGCUGGGGAGACGUCUGCUCGGGCAAAGGCUCUCGGGAGCAGCAUUUCUGGGAAUAAUGCAAAGAGAGCCGGGCCAUUCAUCUUAGGUCCUCGAUUAGGUAACUCACCUGUGCCCAGCAUCGUUCAGUGUUUGGCAAGGAAAGAUGGGACAGAUGAUUUCUAUCAGCUAAAGAUUCUGACUCUGGAAGAAAGGGGAGAACAAGGGUUAGAGACCCAAGAGGAAAGGCAAGGCAAGAUGCUAUUGCACACGGAGUAUUCUCUGCUUUCCCUUCUCCACACUCAGGAUGGAGUAGUUCACCACCACGGACUCUUCCAGGACCGAGCUUGUGAAAUUGUUGAGGAUGUGGAAUCAACUCGGAUGGUCAAGAAAAUGAAGAAACGGAUCUGUCUCGUCCUGGACUGCCUUUGUGCACAUGACUUUAGUGACAAGACUGCAGAUCUCAUCAACCUCCAACAUUACGUCAUAAAGGAGAAGCGACUUAGUGAAAGAGAGACAGUAGUGAUAUUCUAUGAUGUGGUCCGAGUUGUUGAAGCAUUGCAUAAGAAAAAUAUUGUGCACAGAGACCUGAAACUUGGCAAUAUGGUGCUAAACAAAAGAACCCACAGGAUAACCAUCACCAACUUCUGUCUUGGAAAGCACCUUGUGAGUGAGGAUGAUUUGCUGAAGGAUCAGAGAGGAAGCCCUGCAUAUAUCAGCCCAGACGUGCUCAGUGGUCGCCCGUACAGAGGGAAGCCUAGUGACAUGUGGGCCCUGGGAGUCGUGCUCUUCACCAUGCUGUACGGGCAGUUCCCCUUCUACGACAGCAUCCCACAGGAGCUCUUCCGGAAAAUCAAAGCUGCUGAGUAUACGAUCCCAGAAGAUGGCCGCGUUUCCGAGAACACUGUGUGUCUCAUCCGGAAGCUGCUCGUCCUUGACCCCCAGCAGCGCCUGGCUGCUCCGGAAGUGCUGGAGUCUCUGAGCGCCAUCAUCGCCUCUUGGCAGUCCAUGUCUUCACUCAGUGGUCCUUUGCAAGUAGUUCCAGACAUUGAUGACCAGGUGAACAGCUCUGACAGCUCCCAAGAGGCCAAGGUGACGGAGGAGUGUUCCCAGUACGAGUUUGAGAACUACAUGCGGCAGCAGCUCCUCCUGGCCGAGGAGAAGAGCACCCUGCACGAGGCCAGAAGCUUCCUGCAGAAGCGGCAGUUCGGGAGCGUGCCCCCCGUGCGGCGGCUGGGCCGGGACGCCCAGCCCAUGAACCCCCUGGACGCCGCCAUCCUGGCGCAGCGCUACCUCCGCAAAUAGUGGCCCUGCCCACCCUCCAGCGACAGCAAUAGCUCCCCGGCCGAGCCCCCCCCAGGGAGGCCACGCUGCUGGCGUCUUGAAUGAUGGAUCGAUCCGCUGUUUGUUUUUUAAUCCGAAAAGCCUAGACAACUAAUCUGCUUUUAAUCAUGACUUUUUAAUCUACCUCUGUCUUUUUAACCAACCAUGCUGUCUGGAUGGAGCGCGCCUGGAGAGCCGGGCCCCUUCUCCUGGCAGGGCCGCCGGCUCGGGGGCUGCUCCAGGGGGUCUGAAUAAGCUGAGCGGUGGGAGUUGGAGCGACUUCACUGUUUCCUAAAGCCUGUCCCUGCCUCCUUCCCUGCCCCUGCCCCGCCCCAGCCUCCCAGAGCUCUUCCACAAGCUUCAAGAAACCUUCGCCUCAUCCCCCGCCUGGCUCCAAAAGAUGAUGAUUUUGGUCACAAGGAGCCAGCUGUCCUCCACCUCCGCUGGUCCAGCCUGGGGCCGCCGGCUCCCACUCGCAUCACUUCCGACUUCCCAUCUCACACUCAUUGUGGUACACAGAGAUCUAAUAUAUGACUUACAAUGUGAAAGACACUCCUCACAGCAGCCACUCGGAGACUUGGGCCAGGCGAGGGGCUCGGGUCCCCGUGCGGGGUGGCCGGGGAGAGGCCGGGCCCGAGAACAGCGUAUGUCCUUUUUCAUUUUUGAGCCUAGUUGUGAACUGGAUGCCUGUCUUGCCAGAUAUACUGUUCUUACCCAAAGCCUCCUCUUGCGACCCUCCUCAGCCUUUCUGGGGAGAAGGCCCCAAUGCCAGCCCUCGCCCCCGGGGAGCCCCCGCUUUGGCACAGUUAAUGAGACGUCUUCAUGCCCUCAGCUUGGGCUCUGCUAUCCCCAGCCUAAGCUUGGGGGGUGUUCCUGCACCCCCUUUCCCUGGGUCUCCCCCCAAGAGAGAAGGCAGGGCUCCCGUGACUGACAGGGCCUCUCCUGCUUCAUAGAGUCCUGUUUCUACAGUGGUCUUCAGAGAGCCCCUCCAAGCGGCACCCAGAGGCAGUGCAGAAAGAAGGAAAAGCUGAGGCUGCCCAUGUUUCUCUCCCCCCAACCCUGGUUCCCCCCAUGCUGACUCACUGUGAGUGACCUUGGGCAAGUUACCAAACCUUUGUGCCUCAGUUUCCCCAUCUGGAAAAAAUGGGGCCAACUCUUGCCAGCAAGUUACCGGGGUGGGGCUUCAUGUCCUGGGGAGGGGCAGCCGCCCCGGUGACUUGGUUGUUUUGGGGAGAGCUCUGUGUCUGUUCCAUGUCCCGUGUUUUCUUCACCCGUGGGAGCCCUCCUAGCCCACACCUAUGACAUCUCAGUGAUGGGUCGAGCACCCUGGACCCGCAGGCUGCUAGCCAGAGCACACGCAUGGGCGGGAGGAAGGAGUCUUAUUUUAUUUAUUUUUAAUGACAAAAAGCUCUCCAAGGAGUAGAAUCCCAGCCUAGGAGCGGUGGCAGGAGCCGCCUGGGGGUGGAGUCUCCUAUUCCCCUCGGAGAGCAGGUGGGCCACCUGUAGUGGGGCGGGGGCGCCGGCCUUGUAGCAUGAGGGGGGGCCCAGGCGCCGCCUCACCUCAGCCUGCGCCCCGCCCCUCCCGGGUCUCCCUGGGCGCCCUUCCUGGGAAAGUUGUUUCUUGGUGAUUGGGUUUGGUUUUUUCCUCCUUUUCAAAGCAAUAUUCUGGGGACUCUGCAGAGUUGUAUCCUAUUGAAUAUUCCUGGCCAUGGUUAAUCCGCAGACGAUGAUUACAGGUUUAUGUGAAAGCAGAGGAGGGAGAAAAGGCCCCUGGGGGCAGCCCCGCAGGGUCAGGGCCAGCCUGGGCCCAGGAGCAGAGACGACAUACUGAAGGGAAGAAGUCCUAUUGUAAAGAAAAAGUCACAAAAAAAAUUUGUAUAAAGACCUAUUUUUGUACUAUAUCAGAACUAUUCCUGCAUGUCUGCAAUAAAAUUUCCUAAUGUAGAACCA